AUGGCGAACGGUACAGACGUGUCAGAACCUUCGUAUGUGAUUGUAAAUAAACAACUUCAAGAUGUCAUACGGCUCCAACACACAGCUGUGGCCCGGCUAAAAGCCAAGGUUAGAGGAACUGAGUCUUUUUUUAGAUGUCGAGGAAAGACGAUCUUGUGCCACGUGAAGAACAUGAGAAGCUAAUCAUGGAACUUGAAGUUGUUGUUAAUUUUUAAGUCCUUUGUAUAACAUUUUAUAGCUAUUUUUAAAUAUACUUAAGUAUCCCUCUUAUUUCUAGUCAAUUUAGUUUAUCGUAUUGAAAUGAAGGUUUCUUACUUACUUACUUCUAACUUAGUGGACAGACCUUUGUGCGUACAUUGUCAGGAAUGUUGUAGAAAAAUCAGCUUGCCGUAAUUAGAAGGUUCUAAAAUAUUGUUAUGUUCCUUUGUGGAUGUUCUGUUAGAUGUCGAGGAAAGACGAUCGUGUGCCACGAGAGGAAUAUGAGAAGCUAAUCAGGGAACUUGAGGUUGUUGUUGAUUUUUUCUUAAUUCUACUGUCAUGAUCGUGUAAUUAUUUUGUAGUUUGAUAAAAUUAAAGUAUGAAAUAAUACCCUGACAAUCAGUGCCCCACUCAAAGAAUUCUUUUGCCAAGAGAUGCUGAACUCCUAAUAGAUGAAGGGUCAUAAGGGUUUGUGUCUUCUGACUUUGUUUGUUUAAGUCAAAGACAUCUUGAGCUCAGAAAAGUCUUAAUUGAGUGCAGAAAGUAGUUUGAGACUGCUUAGGUUUUGCUUUACUUUACUUCGUGUUAGUCUUGACAUUGGAUGCAGCAACCAAAUUUAUUAUGAUUUGAUCUUUUAAAAUUUCCAAUGCUCUAGGCAAUUCCAUGUUUUUGUUUCGUUUUCUAUUGAAGGAGUGUACUGAAUGAGGCAUUUAUUAGCUUUUGCUUCAACUUCUAUGUCUCAUUUUUUCUCAAGUGAAUACAUGGCACCUUGGAGAGAGAAUCUGCUUGUCUAUUAGAAGUACUCUUAAGAGCUUUCCUCAGUUCACUGUUAAAUUGGCUCCUAGUGAUGUUUUCCUUAAAACUUAUUGGUUGUGAUUACUGUGGUUUGGUUUAAAACACUAGGUUGAAAUGCACUUUAUUUUGUUAACCCCUUAACUCCCAAGAUCUGACUGUAAUUUCUCCCCUCCAGUUGUUAGACAUUUCCUUGUAAAUUAGUCAUAAGAAUUUGGUGUUGACUCAAGAUAACAACUUCUAAUUGAUAAUUUUGAGUUCUCAUCACCUGCUUUCUGGAUAGAGUAUGGAUGUUGUAGGGAGAAGUUACAUAUGAAUCACUUUUGGGGGUUAAAGGGUUAAGCAGAGUAAUCAUGAAUUCAACUGAUUAAUUUUGAAAUCCAAGGACUGAAAAAAUUUGUUAACUUGACUGAGUUCUCUCAAUUCUCUCCCUGAAUAAUUCUGAGAACAGAACCACAUAAAUUUUAAUAGUAAUUUGUUUUGCAUUGUAACUUGUCUCAUUUGUUUCACUGUCCAUUCCAUUUUAUAGGAAGAAAAACUUGAGCAUGUAAAGACAAAAGCAAAACUGGCUAGUGAGAGUGAAAGAUUACAGUUUGCCUUAGGGGAAAUAGACAUUUUAAACAAACAGCUGCAGCGUGAAAAGUUAUCAUUUGAAAAUGCGUAUGUAGAAAUUUCUACAAGAUUGUUUUAUGUUUUUUGUUGAUACUAAUUAUUAUAUGCCUGAAUUUCCUAUUUCACCUGUUUCCUUUAUGCAUCAUGACUCAUAAGUUGAAGCUAAGAUAGCAUGAUAACUUUUGUAAAUCAAUAAGAAAUUAUUCCCUUUUUUACAAAAUUUUAUGUACAGGUUUGGCCAGGUUAAAAGUAGAGCCUUUGAGGAAACCCAAGAGAAAAUGCAGUUUCAAACAAAGUGCCAAGGUUGGAAUUAUUUAUCAUAAUUGAGACAAAACACUCAAUCCUCUCCUGGUUUAUAGUUAUUAAUACUGAUAGAGACCAAGCUCAAUUUAAGAUUGAGUUUAUAUUGUCAGAGGAAAAAGGUUUUCCUGAGUAGAAAUGAGACAUGAUUAUUUAGCAGUUAAAACUACUAGAAGUCACAUUUCUCAUUGAAAUUUCUUAACUACUUUAGACAAUUUUUCUCACUUUAUUUCUGCCCAUAAACAAAGUUAUGCUACUUUCUUCAAUUUGAAUCCUUUUGCAGCUUUAUGUCCUAAUAGUUUAUUGCUUUCUUGAAUUACCUAGCAAUGGAAGAGCUCUGUUCCAAACAAGAUGAUAUUUUAACAACAAAAGAUGCAAAAAUAAAGGAACUCAAACUUCGCCUUGUUCGCCAGAAAGAGAUUCAUCAACAACAACUUUCUGACCUGGACAUUCAUCGGCAACAAGAACAAUACAUUAAUUACAAUACACAAAAAUCUCAAGACAAAGGCAAAAGAACUCGUCAGAAACGGGUAUCUUUCAGAUAACCCAUAAUUGUACACUAUGGUGAGAAUUAUGAUCACAAAAGUCAUUAUUUUUAAUCCUUUGACCUUAAAGAGUGACUAGCAUCUAAUUUCUCCUUACAAUAUCACCCCUGAAUCAUACAAUAAGAGCUCAUGAAAAUUAAGGAAAUUAUCACCAACUGAAGACGCUGUUGAUUGUUAAAAACAAUUCCCCCAAUCAUCACCUCGAGAAAUGUAUGGAGAACAGUAAGGAGAAUAUGGAUGCUGAUGUUAGGGUGUAAAGGGUUAAUACUAUUAAUUAUAAUUCUAUAGUUAUUACUGCUGCCAACUAUGUCCUCUGCUAGUACAUAAGUAGCCUAGUGUGUGUCUAUGUUCCUUUUUUUAUAUUUUAAAAGGAAUUGCGUGGAAAGAGGGAGGCAGAAGAGAUGGAUUGUCACUGCCCUCUCAUCCUAUCCCCUUACAAUUCUAUGUGGUCUGAAAGUAAUAUUUCUGUGUUGUAUCAAUAGCAACAUUACUUACAAAUAUAUUUUGUGUGGGUGUAAUAGCUUUAGUGUUUUAAAAAUUCAAGUCAGUAUGUGACACAAAGUUGUAAAAAGAUGGAGUGAACUAGCUGGAAUGACUAGUAAAUUUCCUGUUGCUUUUUGUAUUCCAUGGCUGCUAAAAUGUCUAAGCUAAUAUUAAAUUGCAGAAAUUGUAAAAAAGGCUACAGUUACCAAAAAAAAAUUUAUCUUGUUCAAAAGUAGGUACUGGAAUAAUAUUUUCAAUGAAGUAAAUUGGUGAGAAAGUUCAUUAAGCUUUUUUCUUUUAACCCCUCUUUAACCCCUAGGGGAGACUAGCAUCUAAUUUCUUCUCACAAUAUCACCACUGAAUCACACAUUAAUAUCAUGAGAAUAAAGGAAAUGAUCACCAAUUAGAGAAACUAUUGAUUGUUAGACAAAUUCUCCUUGUCAGCACCUUAGUAAAUGUACAGAGGACUGUAUGGAGAAUAUAAAUACCAAUGUGACGAUGUAAAUGGUUAAGUGAUUGCUUCCCACAUAGUUAAAUACACCAAUCAAUUUGAAGCUUCAACAUCCCCCCUUUACCUUAGGUAACCCACCAGGAUCUAAUUGUCAUCCUUGCCUGUGGGGUGGGAAAUUUGAACUGAAACUGUCAAGUCUUUCCAGUGAAAUAAACAUGUUUUAUCUUUUAAUAUGGUGGUGUUUAAAGGUAAAAAGAAGAAAAGGUCUACAAUAGAUUGUUAAAGUCAGGGUUGCUAAUCUUGCCUUUUACAAAAACGGGAUGUUAUAACUUCAAAUUUAAUCAGUGCAUAACAUACUAAAAUUCUGCCUCCCCUUUACUAAUAAGUUUCAAUUUUGUUUAUUUUUUUUGUGUCCUUUUUAAUUUUUUUUAUCUUUUUUCUUUUUCUUUGGAUGGAAAAAUAGUAGAGCAUUCAAGACAGUAUGAUAGGUCCUGGAGCUUAU